AUGAGCACCCUAUUCUUCCUUGCCGUCGAGCGGUGUUGUGCCACAUUUUUCAUUCAAGACUACGAGAUAAACAAGCGUAGAUCAAUUUCCGUCCUUUUGAAUCUACUCCUCACGAUGUUUGGAAUUGGGUCGUGUUUUGUGUUGACUGAAAAGGAAAAUACGUUAUAUCUGAUUGUUAUACUUUUAGUGAUCAAUGGGUUUGCACUGGUGCUCCACAUUUUUUUGCAAUGGUGGAAUCGAAAGAUUUAUGGAGGACUUCAUGAUAAUAGUUAUUUAUCAUCUUAUUCUUUGACACAGAGAUUUCAAGUCGCCGAGAACAUCAAGUCGUUGCAUAUGCUUAACAAAAUUAUCUACUACAUGGGAUUCAUGAAUCUCAUCGUCGUGCUCUCCGUCCUAUUCUCCAGUUUUGACCUGAGCCCAGAACUCGAGCUCUUCAUCACCUUCUGCCUCGACACCGCAAUCUUUGUCUACAGUUUCUGCUACCCCAUCAUCAUGUACCACUCGUGUGAACGCUGGAAAUCUGAAAUCGACUCAUUUUUCAAAUUUCUGGGAUGUGCGAGGCAUAGUGCAAAGGUGCAUCCAAUUCUGAACACAUUCGGAAAGUCUAUGGAGCAUGCGAACACGAUGAGCAAUCAUUUUGAUCAUUUGAAAGUGUCCUGGGAGGCGGUGCCGAGGAAAAGUGUGAUUUCUAUAGUGUCUCAGUGA